AUGACCCACCUCAGCUUCCUGCUGCUCAUCAUCGCUGCCACCACAGGGUGCAGUGCAGACUCUGCAUCUUUUCUCUUUAAAGAUAACCUGGAUGCCAACAAAUUGGCCCCUCCUUUCUCUUCUCUGCUCAGCAGCUGCAAGGAAAUCAAGCAGGAGAACGCCAGAGCACAAGAUGGCCUCUAUUUCCUUCGCACAAAGAAUGGCGUCAUCUAUCAGACCUUCUGUGACAUGACCACUGCAGGCGGCGGCUGGACCCUGGUGGCCAGUGUGCAUGAAAACAACAUGCGUGGGAAGUGCACGGUGGGCGAUCGCUGGUCCAGUCAGCAAGGCAACAGGAUAGAGUACCCAGAGGGUGAUGGCAACUGGGCCAACUACAACAUAUUUGGGUCUGCUGAGGGGGCCACAAGUGAUGACUACAAGAACCCUGGCUACUUUGACAUCCAGGCUGAGAACUUGGGGAUCUGGCAUGUGCCCAAUAAUACCCCCCUGCAAAACUGGAAGCAAAGCGCCCUGCUGAGGUACCGCACCUUCACUGGCUUCCUGCAGCAUAUGGGCCAGAAUCUGUUUGGCCUCUACCAGAAAUACCCGGUGAGAUACGGAGGAGGAAAGUGUUGGACUGACAAUGGCCCAGCAUUACCUGUGGUCUAUGACUUUGGUGAUGCUCAGAAGACAGCGUCUUAUUACUCCCCCAUUGGCCAGAGAGAAUUCACUGCAGGAUACAUCCAAUUCAGAGUGUUUAAUAAUGAGAGAGCAUGCAACGCCCUGUGUGCUGGAAUGAAGGUCACUGGAUGUAACACUGAACUUCACUGCAUUGGUGGAGGAGGCUUCUUCCCAGAAGGUAACCCCAUACAGUGUGGAGACUUCUCUGCGUUUGAUUGGAGUGGAUAUGGAACUCACACUGCGUACAGCAGUAGCCGGGAGAUAACUGAAGCAGCUGUACUUCUGUUCUACCGUUGAGAACUUUGUAGGAUGGGGCCCAGACUUCUCCAAUCUGUGGACUCACAUGCACGGAGAAAAAACUUACCUAGUAACUUGAGUGCUAAUGACCAGUAAAGGAGAAUAAAUCAUUG